AUGUUCAACCGAAAGGUAGCCUCACAAGAUGAGCAGCUCAUCAAAGACCUCCGCAAGCAACUUAAGGAACGUGAUGAACGAAUUCAGGCCCUGUCGUCGGCGUUAGAGGAUGCACACAUAACGGUGAACGACCUGGAAAGCGCCCUCAAAACCGCAGGAGCAGCGAUAGGUACACCGAACCCUCAAAUAUGGCGUGAGACCUUCGUUCCAGACGCGAUCUCCAGCUCACGCCUAGGAAGCUCCAUCCUGGGCUCGCCGCCCAGACACGUAGACUCGACCUUUUCCCACAAGGACCUCUCUAUGCUGACGCAGUCAGGGAUACAGCCGCCCUUAGAGCUUAGCGCGACGUUUCUAGACUCCCAACAGUAUCUAUCUAACUCCAACAUAAACCAUGAUAUGUAUGACAUUACAGAAUUCAGAAACGAUCUCCAAGUCAUGCAGAACCAGCUAGCAGCAAAAGACAAGCAGAUAGAGGAGCUGUUGGCUGAGGCUGAAGAGUUAAAGAAUCACAUCAAAACUGUUAAUUUGGAAUACAAUACCUUCAGAAAAACCAUUCUAGACAUGUCUGUAUGCAACUCAGACUUGAGAGUACAACUUGCACAGGCCCAGCAAGAGCUUGGAGAGAAAGAGCGUGCCUACAAUUCUUUGAUGGCCAGUAUGGAGUCCCGAGACAAGGUCACGGAGCUUCUGAGCUCUGUAACCCAGAGACCUAGGUCUGCCAGGGAUACAUCCAACCUCUCCGCAUCGAAAAAGGAGACUCUAGCCAUGCACAAAACGAUCAGGGAUCAGGAAGCAGAGAUUGUCCAUCUAAGGGAGGUUUUGGCGGAGAAAGAGACAGAGAUAGCACGGCUUAUUACGACGUGCGAUGAGGCGGUCCAGAUGAGGAACGAGAUACAGUCCUUACUAGAUCAAUCCAUACAAACAAACCAGAUGCUAAAGGAUAAAAUAGAGAUCAUGUCAGAAGAGGCCAAAUUAGCAUCGGUACAAGCGUAUCAAGGCGAGACGUUUGGAGAUAACGUGCAGGAGAUUGCAAUAGACAACACCAUGGUGCCAUACCCCAUAUAUCUUAACGCAUCACGGAAUAGCAAGGAUGACAUGGUGGAUGCGACGAUCGUGCAGCUCCAGGCGCGUGUUGCUGAGCUUGAAACAGAGUUGGCAUCGUCCCUGAACACCUCGUCUCUCGCCAAGUCCCUGGCAUCCCCGGAUGUCUCUACCCUCUUGACGUCAAAGGACGAAGAAAUCAGCCUUCUCAAGAAGCAGGUGCUGUCUCUUGAGCGGUCUCUUCUUUCUGCCGAUAACAAGCAGACUGCCUCACAAAGAGCGAGCCCUAGUGGGAGCCGCGGACCCAGUCCCGGUGUCUCCAGUCAGUGGCCUGGUUUACAGUCAAGUGGACAUGCUAGGGGGUGCUUUUCUGAGGUAGGUGGUACCAACUAUCUUAAGCUAAUGAAGCGUACAAGACUGCUCAUAGAUGAAGCCUCUGACGUUUUAAGUGGGAGUGGCAGACGGACCACUGGGACUGCCAUGUCGACAGUGUCCGCCUCCGGCAAAACGAGCUCUGAUGACCAGAUGAUGUCAACGAGCAUCCACCUGCAAGCCAUUGCAGAGCUUAGAGAAGCAAAUGCACGCAUCAUUAACAGCAUUAUUGAGAAAGACGAUCAGAUUGCGGAUAUGCUAGAGAUCGUAAGCAUUUCAGAGGCAGAACUAACCGACAUAAAGCUUCUCAUGGAGGAGAAGGACAGAAAUCUCAUCCAGUUAACUGAGGACCUCCAUAGAAAGGAGAAGGAGCUGGAUGCAUUAGUGAAGGAGGUCAAAAAUGCGUUUUCAGAGGUCUUGGAGCUUACAAACACUGUGAGGUCUCGCGACGCUCUCAUCAAGGAUCUUUCUGACGGGCUGACCGAGUCCCAGGACCUCAUAAAUCAGAUAGCCGCAGAGAAUACCGCUUUGGUCCAGAAGAUGAACGAGAAAAACAAUGAUCUCGAAAAGCUGCUGAAGGAGUCCGCUGCGGCGUCUAUAGAGCUAUUCAAGAUUAAGGAGCAGGGCAGCAUCUCAAAGGACGAGCAUGCUCGGUUGCUGGCAUCGAUUAAGGACUCUAUAUCCUUUAUAAGGCGUUGUGCGGAAGCGACGGUGGAGGGAGGCGAGGACGCAGAAGGAAACAUCAUUAAGACUAAGACAAUGACACCAGGGGUAACUGAGAUGGUCGCAUCACCAAUCCACAUCUCUGGCAAGUGCGAUGUCAUUGUCGGGGUGGUAAACUACCUAACAAGCAAGGCGGAAGAGCUCAAGAUGCUUUCAGCAUCCUAUAAUGUGAAGCACGGCCGCUUGCUGGCCUUUCUGAACGACCUAACGGCAGAGCUCGCAAGUGUUCAGACAUUUGCAAGCAUUCUCCCAGAGGAUAGUCAGCUGCGCUCUCUGAUGGUGAGACUUGGAGAAGCGAUCGAAACAGACCUCCAGGAAGUGAAGGAAAGCCUCGGCUCUACAGAUCAAAAUGGAAAAAAGUAG